CUAGAGGUAGAGGGUGAAGCAGAGCUGGCCACCAAAUAUCUUCCUCUUCCUCUUCUCCGAUGGAUGCGGCUCCCCAUGCCGCAGCCGCUUCGUUAGACCUGUCCCUCACGCUUGCCCCCAUGAAGCCAUCACCACCACCACCACCCUCCUCCUCCUCCUUCUGGGCUGAAGGAGAAGACCUCUCUGCCGGCGACGGCGGCCAUGGUGGACGUGACGGCGAGGCAAGAUCGAGGCGGCUGUUCUCGUGCCUCUUCUGCGACAAAAAGUUCCUCAAGUCGCAGGCGCUCGGUGGCCACCAGAACGUGCACAAGAGGGAGCGGGUCGGCAGCUGGAACCCCCACCUCUACCUCCAAUCCGAGCAAGGUAUCUGGCCGGCCACCGUGGCGGCAAUGGCGCCGGCGAGAUGGCCAAACGCGCGCCUUGACAGCAACGGCCAGAAGCAGACGCAGCAGCAGCAGCUUGAUCUCAACCUCAAGCUUUAAUUAGCUACCUCGUGUGUACGUUUUAUUAUCUUCCUUUCAAUCUUCUUUUCCUCCUUCCCUUGUUGAACUAGCUAGAUGUGUGUGCGCGCGUUCGUCCUGUACUGUACAUAUAAUUUGGUUUGCACUACUACUACCUAUGGUCUUCCCCCGUCUCCGAGUUGUUAAAUACUCCCUCUGUUUUUAAAUAUAACACCUUUUAUACAUUCACUAUGAACUAGACAUGGAUGUACAUA